AUGGCGGCGAGCGAGAAGCGUUCACCGUCGGUUGAACGCGAGGAGCAUGUCAUCAAUCAAGUGAGCAGCGUUGUCGACGACGAGAAGCACAUCCAGCAAGAUGAAGAGCGCGACUGGACUGGAACCGCUAAGAAGACGGAUCCUGAAGAGAUCAGGCUUGUACGCAAGCUUGAUUAUCGCAUCAUGCCAUGCCUCUGCGUCAUGUACUUUCUGAACUACGUCGAUCGAAACGCCAUCGCCCAGGCACGACUCAACAACCUAGAGGAAGAUCUGAACAUGACAGGUACACAGUUCAACACAACUGUUUCGAUUCUCUUCGUUGGUUACGUUUUGAUGCAGAUCCCCUCAAACAUGUUGAUCACUCGAAUUCAACCCGGCAUAUACAUGAGUGCGUGGAUGUUGAUCUGGGCUGUGGUGUCGGGAUGCACAGCCCUCGUUCAGAACUAUGGCGGCCUCGUGGCUUGCAGAUUCUUCCUGGGUAUUACUGAGGCUCCGUUCUACCCCGGCGCCACCUACAUGCUGUCCAUCUUCUACACUCGCAAAGAGGUUGCCACACGCAUUGCGGGACUGUAUUGCGCUCAAAUUUUGGCCACCGGGCUAUCAAGUUUGAUCGCUGCAGGUAUCUUCGCUGGCAUGGAUGGCCUUAAUGGAAUCGCAGGUUGGCGAUGGCUUUUCAUCGUUGAGGGUGCCAUCACCGGCUUUGUUGCCCUCGUCGGCUUCUGGCUCCUACCAAACACGCCUCUGACAACGCGCUGGCUCAACGAUCGCGAGAAGCAACUGGCUCACUCUCGCAUGGAGAAGGAUAAGAUCUCUGAUGCCUCGGAUGAGAAGGCCUCUGCUAUGGAAGGCCUCAAACAAGCUUGCCGUGAUAAGCGCACCUGGCUCUUCUGCCUCAUGCAGAACUUCCACCUUUCGGCCUGCUCCUUCAAUUCAUUCUUCCCCACCGUCAUCAAGACCCUUGGAUUCAACACGACGAUCACACUAGUCAUGACCUGCCCACCUUUCAUCUUUGCCGGUGCUGCAGGAAUUUUCUUCGGAUGGAGCUCCGGUCGCCUCCAUGAGCGGACAUGGCAUAUUACCGUCGGCCUCGGGGUCGCCAUUGUUGGCUUCGUCGUCGCUGCUUCCACUUUGAAUACCGCAGCUCGUUACACAGCAUCUUUCAUUUUGGCUGCGGGCGCGUACUCUGUCAAUUCAGUCAUCAUUGGUUGGGCUUCAUCCACGCUUUCGCAGACUAAGGAGAAGAAGGCCGUUGUCCUCGCCAUGACUAACGUUGGCGGCCAGAUCGGCUACAUCUACGGUGCAUACCUCUGGCCCAAUAGUGACGAGCCUCGUUAUGCUAUCGGGUUCGGUGCCUCGGCGGGUUUCGCUUUGCUGUCGAUCGUUUGCGCUUGGUGGAUUCGCGUUCUACUGGUCAGAGAGAACAGAAGAAUCAGAGCGUCUACAUCUGAACACGUGAAUCUCUACGGGUAUUAG